GCACCGGGGUGAAUCGGGCCGUGCUCCGUGAAACGUGCCCACGGCGGGGCUGUGGGAAAGUGCGGGGGAGAGGGCACCCAAACAUUGUCAUGUUAAUGUCGGUGGGUGGAGAGGUGUCAGGGUCUCUGGGCUACGGUGCCUAAAAGGCAUUUGAGGCCAGAGAACAGUGCUUAGUCAUUUCCACGCAAGGCCCCGAGUUUUGCAUCUUUUCUCCGUCCGUUCAUGGAUCACAUCCCUGGCUGUUGAUAGCCCGCUAAAACAGUUUUGUACAGGAGUUUUCUUGAUUAGAGGGCGGAACGGGGCCCUGGAGAGAGAUCAAAAAGAGAUCCCCAAGUCUUGUGGUGUGAAGCUCGAGCUCAGUCGGUGGAGAGAUGACCGCCUCAAGCACGCAGGGAAACGACAAGAACUCGAGCGCCAAAGAGGAGCGAAAACUCAGGAAGCCGCUCAUAGAGAAAAAGAGGCGGGAGCGGAUCAACUGUAGUUUGGAGCAACUGAAGGAGAUUAUGGUUGAUGCUUACAACCUGGAUCAAUCGAAGCUGGAGAAGGCAGAUGUGUUGGAGAUCACAGUGCAGCACAUGGAAGGCCUACAGAAGGGAAACAGAACAGGCAGCCCAGCAGGGCCAGGUGAGGGCUCCGGGUUCGAGGCCCGUCAGCGCUACAGCACGGGCUACAUCCAGUGCAUGCACGAGGUCCACAACCUGCUACUCAGCUGCCCCGGCCUGGACAAGAGCCAGGGAGCCCGCCUGCUCAACCAUCUGCUGGGAUCCCUGCCCCAUGUCGACGCCGGUGGAGCCGGGAGGACCGGGAAGAGGAGCGGAAGCCCUGGUAAGGUGUCGAUUAGCGACGGCGGCGGCGGCGGCGGCAGUGCUGUUUCUUCCGUGAGCCCUCUUUCCUGUUCUGGUUCUGGUCCAGGUACCCCUCCCUGCUCCCCCCUCUCGCUCCCUGCCCCUUUCAGGCCCCGUCGUCACGGUUUAAGCUUCAUAGACAUCUAG